AUGAACGGCGACGCGGACGCGCGUCAACCGAGUCUGCCGCCGCCCUACCAAGCGCUCAAGCCCUCGACGCUCAGCAGUCUCAAGAGCAGCACUCUACGCUCCUCUCGAAUCGAUCUGGACCGGUAUUCGAGCAUGGCGGCACCGUAUGGACCCACGGACCCCGUUGCAAGUACUUAUUUCCAAGUCAAUAUCAGUAAAGCCAAGGCCCCAAUCAUGUGUGGGGACGCUGGACCUGUCAAGGGCAAAGCCAUUUACGCUGAACGAGAUUUGCCCAAAGCUACUCGGAUAUGGACCGAAUCGCCGCUCGUGGCCAUGCAACACGAGCACAAUCGCCGUCUUUUGCCGUGCUGUCAAUUUUGCUACUUGCCGCUCUUGGGCGACGCCCAGCAGCAGUGGCGCGACAUUGUCACGCGGUACAAUUUGGCUCAGACACAAAAAGGGGCGUCGACGAGUCCGGAAGCUGGCACGACAGCUGAAACGGCAAUAAAUAGAGCACAAAGGGAUGUGGUGGACGUGAAUGCACUGGAGACAACGCUGCAGCUGUUGCGUAUAACGCCAGAAAGCUGUGGAAUGGCGGACCCUGGAGCGAAAUGUGCUUGUGGAGAGCUCUUUUGCUCGAAAUUGUGUCGGAUGCGAGCACUUCAUGAAUAUCAUGCUAUACUUUGCCCUCGCAACGAUCCGUGCUCGGCCAUGGGCGAGUUCCUCGAGCAUACACGCCACACAAACGAUAUAUUUUAUCUUGCAGUGAAGGUGAUUGCCCGCGUGCUCUCACGGUAUCUCGUUUGGCGAGAUAUUGUCAAAGCACGUGAACCGAUUGACAUGUUUUACAAGAAACCUUGGUGGGAAGUAGUUGUCGUGGAGCAUGAGGACUCGGUACCGCUGGUGCAGGAGUGGCGUAGCAGCGAGGAAACGUCUGGGCCCGUUACGACUAGUGGCAGCGACGAUACAAACAGUGAUGACGGAGGUAGCAGCAGCAAUGACGAUCGCUCGCCAAGUGAAGAAAGGAGUGCGUAUCGGAAAUCGAACGCUGCUUUGUCGCCUGCUAUAGGCCCUGGUGCCACGCAAGCUCACAACAUACGACAAGCUCAAGUAAAGAGUAAGAGAGAAAGAGAGUCGGACGGUGGCACUCCUACAAAAGAAUCGACGAAGGCGCAGUGCUUGCAGGAGGUGCUGAAGAUGACGCACGAGCUACUAAUUGACGCACUGGAGUGUAACUUGGUGCGGCUUGAGCGGGAAGGCCAACUGCGUGGUGUUACGGUGGAAGAAAUUUGGCGCUGCUGCUCGAGCGUAUUGAGCUUCGAGUUUUUUACGGCGCAGAUUGGCCUCUUUGAGAUGAACAAUAUCAGCAUGGAGGUGGAUCAUCCUUUUCGCGCCUUCAUCGACAUUUUGGACCCAGACGUUCAGCACGAAGUAGCUGCGGGCGAGAGCAAUGAAAAAGUCAGCUGCUCGUCUCCAAGGUUACAGCCACAGCUGAACAUCAAAGAUCAGGCUCUGGUUGCUAGCGUGCGACGCGUGCUAGAAUGGGAGGAAGAGCGUUUACAAAUACUGCAAGCACAGGAACGCCUGGAACGGAGCGGUGGCGAAGUGAGUUCCGACUUUGAUUCGCCUCUGGGCUAUGCUGGCAUUGAAGGCACUGCGCUGUUUCCGAUCAUUUGUACAAUGAAUCACAGCUGCGAUCCGAACUGCACUGUGCUGUACACAAAGAAUGGCGACGGCCACGUUGUGGCUAUACGUGAUAUCCGAAAAGGUGAAGAGCUUUGCAUCUGCUACAUUGAUGUUGACAUGGAUGUGCAGUCGCGUGAGGCAAAUUUGCGCGAGUACAAGUUCAAGUGCUACUGUCCGCGGUGUGUCAAGGAGCGGCAACAAAAUGAGCGACAUCCACCGGCACAAGGCGCUCAUUCGGUAUCCGGGCCUCUGACGCGACGCUCUCUUUCUGAGAAUCAGAGGCAGCUGAAGAAACCAAAGAACAAAUGCAGCGGUCAGGGGCAGUGA